ACCAACCCCACGAUUCAUAGUCACCAAACCCAAACAUGAAAAUUACGGAGUCGACCGAGAUUACGCUACCAGCGGCGUAUGACGCUCAUGUACAUCUUCGCGAUGGCGAGAUGUCGCAGCUUGUUACGCCUACGAUUCGUAAGGGUGGUGUGAAUCAGGUGUAUGUUAUGCCCAACCUCGUCCCGCCUAUCACAUCAGUGAAGCAGUGUCUCGAGUACCGCGACAGGCUUCGUGCUAUUGAGCCGAAUGUGGAUUACGUCAUGUCGCUGUACCUACACGAGGAUAUCACGCCUGAGGUCAUUCGUGAAGCGAAGAAAGCGGGCAUUACGGGUGUCAAGUCUUACCCAGCUGGAGUUACUACGAAUUCUUCCUCCGGCGUCCUCUCCUAUGAACCCUUCUACCCCGUCUUCGCCGAAAUGGAGAAACAAAACAUGGUUCUAAACCUCCACGGUGAAGUCCCGUCCACCCCACCAAACACGCACGUGACGACAACCAAAGACAGCAAAACAGGCGCCAUCACCAUCCUCAACGCCGAACCCGCCUUCCUCCCCACCUUCUUCUCCCUGCACAAGAAGUUCCCCAAUCUGCGUAUCAUCCUCGAGCACUGCAGUACCGCUGCUGCUCUGGAAGCCGUACGCUCCUGCGGGCCAUCUGUCAGCGGCACUAUUACUGCCCAUCAUCUUAGUCUUAUUAUUGACGAUUGGGCGGGGGAUCCAUUUUGUUUCUGCAAGCCCGUUGCUAAGACACCCGAGGAUCGCGACGCUUUACUCCGCGCCGUGGUGCAAAGCAACGGGAAAUUUUUCCUCGGCACGGAUUCCGCGCCGCACCCUAGGGGCAAGAAGAGGGGCGAGGAUAAAGUUGCUGCGGGUGUGUUCACGCAGCCGUAUGCAUUGGGAUACGUCCUAGAUGCGCUCGAGGUGGGAAUCAAGAGGGGAGUUGUCAAGGAGGAGGAGGUGAGCCAGGAGGUUCUAGAGGGCUUCUUUGGCGGGUGGGGGAGGGCCUUUUAUCAGAUUGAGGAUGAGAAGAAGGAGAGGGUUGUGUUGAGGAAGGGCAAGGAGACGGUGGUGGAUGUUUUGAGGAAGGAGGGGGGUGGAGAUGUUGAGGUCGUGCCGUUUAGGAAGGGGGAGGUUACUUGGGGGGUAGAGUGGAAGUGAGGGUUUGUCUGAACCAUGGCUGGGAGAUGAGAGGAUAUCUUCCGCGUAGUGUGGAUUGACGUCGGUCACAAACAUAGUGUCAUCAGUGACAAUCUUUCCAUCUUCAGACAUCAAAGUCUUCUCCACUAUGCCAAGUUCGUUGUCAGCUGAAGCAGAAAUUGGCGGUGAAAAGUGAAAGGCCAGUAUGAUUCUGCAAUUCUAGAUCUUUGUCAGCAGGCGGAGACAUCGAUCUCGGAUAUCUUGUAGUGCACAGCACUAGAGAGUAGUGCCUAUGACACCGAGCUCCUCGAACGAGUUCUAUCACGUCGUAAUAUCUUGAUAUGCCUAC